AAAAACAGCUAUUUCUGAACUGAACCAUUUUGUGAGUCAGUGAGGCGUGUUUCACGCAAAAUAACCUCAAACGAGGAUAAUUUUGGGAGAAAUAGGACCUAUAUCUAAAGAAUUGCUAUGACUUUUAAAGUAAAUAUAUUUUAUCACGCAAGUCAUAUUGUUAUCUAAGAUAUCGGGAAAAUGUAUUAACUACUAUCAAAUAACUUUAAACGUUCGGAUGUGGAAUAACUGUUUAAUUACUUUAUGAUAUUUAUUCACAACGUUUCUAGCAUGGGAGGUAAAGAAAGCAAGAAUAUUGAGCCAAGAACACUCCACGAAUUAAGAAAUCAAGUCGAAUUUACAGAUGACGAAAUUCAGAAUUGGUUCCAGGAAUAUAACAGCAGUCUGGCUAAAGGGCAAAAAGAACUCACAAGGGAGGAGUUUAAAAAUGUGUAUAACUCAAUAUUUAUAGGCGAUGCAACUGAAUUCGCAGAACAUGUGUUUAGGACGUUUGAUCAUGACAGAAGCGGCACUGUGAACUUUAAAGAGUUCCUUGUAGGGCUCCAUGUGUCAGGGAGCUCCAACUUGGAUACGAAACUCCGUUGGGCCUUCAAAAUGUACGAUAUCAACGGGAAUGGGAUGAUUGACAAGGACGAGAUGAAAACCAUAGUUUCGGCCAUCUUCAAAAUGACAGCAGCCAAGGUGCCGGAGGAAUUGAACACGCCGGAGAAGAUGACCGAGAAGUUCUUCAAGGAGCUGGACGUGGACCAGGACGGCGAGAUCUCGUGGGAUGAGUUUGAGAGGGGAGCCAACAAGGACCCCAUCAUACUCAGUCUUUUACAAUGUGACCCGGACGCGUAGACGACCCGGGGAUUUUCUGUGCUCAAAUAAUGUGUUGAGUCUUAGCCUGAACGAUUUUGUUACAUGAAUGUAUGGUGCAAGGUAAUGGGCGUGAAGUGUUGGAAUAAUAAGUGUUUGUUAAUCGGAGAAAAUUUACAUGUUACUCAAAUAUAUAAUUGCUUUAUUUUCAUAUAUAAAAUGAGUUAUUGUCAAGGAAAUGGUGAACUUAAGUAUAAACAUGAUCUUGUUUUGAUGUAUUUUGUUAUGUUUGUGUUGAAAAUUGCUAUUAAAACGAUAUUAUAUUUUAGUAGAUAAGGCAUGUAAUUGCAAAUAAAAUAUUUGCACUAUGAAACCUGUAAUCACUUGGUUGUUAGGAUGUGUAUUGACUAUACAAUGUGGCAGGGUUUAUAUAGUAUAUUGACUAUACAAUGUAGCAGGGUUUAUAUAGUAUAUUGACUAGAUAAACGUUCUCAUACCUUUACAGCAUUAUCAACAUUCACAUCUCGAGAUGAAUUCAGGGUCGUUGUACUAUAGAAUGCACCAUAUUAUGUAAACCGUGUUAGCAUAUUUGUAUAGUGAUUUAGAUGUUUCUAGAAUAAAAUGUAUGCAAUCUUG